GAAAAACAGAAAAAAAUAGCCUUUCUGUUAUUAGUUUUGUAAAAACAUUGUCUUAUGGACCGUCUUGCAUCGUUUGGGAAUGAUCCUUUUGAUAAGCCACCCUGCAGAGGCUGCUCAUCCUAUCUGACUGAGCCAUACAUCAAGUGUGCAGAAUGUGGACCCUCACCUUUUCUACUCUGCUUACAGUGUUUCACCAAAGGAUUUGAAUACAAGAAGCAUCAGAGUGAUCACAAAUAUGAAAUCAUGACAUCGGAUUUCCCCGUCCUGGAGCCGGGAUGGACAGCGCAGGAAGAGAUGGCUCUGUUAGAGGCGGUCAUGGACUGUGGCUUUGGAAACUGGCAGGAUGUGGCAUAUCAGAUGCGCACUAAAACCAAAGAGGAAUGCGAGAGCCACUACAUGAAGAACUUCAUCAAUAACCCGCUCUUCUCCUCCACCCUGCUGAGCCUUCGGAAAACCAAAGACUCACGCUUUGCAGAGGGCGCUAUUCCUUUCAAACCCACAGAUGAUCCCCCUCGGCCCACAUUUGACUCAGUGCUGUCUCGAGAUAUGGCGGGAUACAUGCCUGCCAGAGCAGACUUCAUGGAGGAGUUUGACAACUAUGCAGAAUGGGAUCUAAAAGACAUCGACUUUGUGGAUGAUGACUCAGACAUCCUACGUGCUCUUAAGCUUUCAGUUGUCGACAUAUAUCAUUCAAGAUUAAAGGAAAGGCAGCGGAGGAAAAAGAUAAUCCGAGACCACGGCCUGAUCAACCUGCGAAAAUUUCAGAUGCUGGAGCGAUGUUACCCAAAGGAGGUGCAGGAGCUCUAUGACGUCAUGAGACGAUUUGCCAGGGUUGUUGGACCGAUUGAACAUGACAAAUUCAUCGAAAGCCACGCACUGGAGUUUGAGCUGCGGAGAGAGAUCCGCAGGCUGCAGGAGUACAGAAAAGCAGGGAUCAAGUCUUUCUGCAGUGCCAAGGUGUAUGAGCGGGCGAAGCGAAUGCGGGAGGACGAGCGUCGGAAGCGGACCAUGUUGUGCGACGUGCUGCAGUACAUCCAGGACGGCAGAGCAUGCCAGCAGUGGCUUAGCAAACAAGCUGCAAUAGAUGCCGGCAUCACUCCAGCUGUCACAACAAUCACAGUGUCAGCAACAGGUAGGCGGAGCGCUCCUCCUCUCAACCUGACCGGGCUGCCGGGGACGGAGAAACUCAACGAGCGGGAGAAAGAGUUAUGCCAGGUGGUGCGUCUGGUGCCAGGAGCCUAUCUGGAGUACAAACAGGCUUUGCUGAAUGAGUGCAGACGGCAGGGCGGACUGCGGCUCGCACAGGCCCGAGCGCUGAUCAAGAUCGACGUCAACAAGACGCGCAAAAUCUAUGAUUUCCUAAUCAAGGAAGGUUACAUCACCAAGGCGUAGGGGGGGUUUGAUUUGACCCCAGUAGAGGUUGGAUGGUGGUUAGUCAUCUUUUUAUUUUUGGACUCUCGUUACAUUGCAAGACUGUGUUUCCUAAGAGUCCAAUCAUUUCUGCUCCUUUAAUUUUUGUAACAUUGUAAUUGUUUUCCUGUUUUCUGAGUCUAAAAUGUAUUAAACAACAAAUAUCUUUGUACAA